AGGUCAUGUCAAAAUCAGUCACGUGAUGUGUCAGUGCCGCAUGUAAACACAGCUCAAAUGUGGUUGUUUACUUCUCUUGGGACGUAAUUUACCGUUUUUCUACAUAAAACGGGAUUUGACCAAAUGAUGGAGGUUGAAACUGCCAGACCGUAUUUCUUUGGAGACAUAGGCUGCUGGUCAGAGAGGACCGAGGUGCACGAGGCGGCCUCCGAGGGACAUGCUGCCCAGCUGCAGCAACUCAUCCAGAGAGGAGCCUCUGUCAACAUAGUGGCUGUGGACUCCAUCACCCCCCUCCAUGAGGCAUGUGAAAGGGGGCAGACCCAAUGUGUCAGGCUGCUACUGGAUGCUGGAGCACAGGUGGAUGCCCGUAACACGGACGGUAGCACCCCUCUGUGUGAUGCCUGCUCGGUUGGGAGCUUUGACUGUGUGAGGAUGCUGCUGGAGCAUGGGGCCAAUGUGAACCCCACCCUCUCUUCCCGGACCACCUCACCCCUACACAAAGCUUGCAUGGGGGGUAAUGCUGACGUUGUGAAGAUCAUGAUCGCUAAAGGUGCCAGUCUGGAGGCAUAUGACCUGUACUAUGGGACCCCAUUGCAUGUGGCGUGUGCCAACGACCACACGGCCUGUGUCAAGGCGCUACUCAACGCAGGUGCCAAAGUGAAUUAUGCUCGGCUGCACAAGACGGCCCUGCACCGUGCUGCUAAAGUGAAGAGUGUUGACAUGAUCGACGUGCUGGUGGAGUUUGGGGCGAACAUCUACGCCAAAGACAAAAACGAUAAGAAGCCCAUUGACUACAUCGAUCCCGGUUCUCCCGCUGCACUCUGCUUAGAGUUUUAUGAAAGUACUCCAUUGAGUCUGCAGCAGCUGAGCAGAGUGACCCUGAGGGCGAUGCUGGGUAGCAGAGCUCUGGAGGUCGUAGUUCAACUGGACAUACCAAAGCAAAUCAUUCGCUUCCUAUGUUACCACUGACCCUGAUACCAUUAUCUUACUAAGGUGAAGGAAGGAAGCUCAGAGACUGAAACCUUAAAAAAAAUAAUCACAAUUAUCAAAAUGCUACAGUCUGAACCUUAGAUGCCACUAGAUUAGAUUCAUAAAAAUAAUAUGCAUACAGCAAGGCACAGGUUUCCAAACAAGCAGUAUUUUUAAGCGGAGCACUUUUGUGCCAUAUCAUCACAUUAGAUACAUAUUUAAAGAACAGGAGCAUAAGGAGGUUUUAAUGGGGACUUUUUACAUGCAGUUUAUUCCUUGAACUCCCAUAUCUUGUAAACCUACAUAAAAGACAAAUGGAGGCCCUCAGGGAAAACAAGGGAGAGGGGGGAGAGGAGAAAAUAAAUGGAGGAGAGGAAGUGAUUUUGGCAGCUGAUCCUGUCCACUCUGCAACACCGUCUGUGGACACUACACCAGCAUCUUAGACGCCAUGACAACGCGGCAACAACACAACCGUUAGCAACACAUCCCAGAUCUCCGGUACAUCCUCAGGGAUGAGAAACGAUGUUGCAGCAGGAGGAUGAGCGGCGUUCCCGUUGACACUCUCCAGAUGUCAGUGUGUAUCCCAGAUUCCUCCCUGACAUCGGAACGGAAACCACACCUGACAACGGGAUGUGUUUGAGGCGGACGUGGAAUCCAGGCAGCAGAGAAACACCAUGGGAAACGAUCCUGCUUUUUUACUGUUGGUGCCUCUGAUCUGUUGCAUCCACUAUAGCUGAGACGGCCCAGGCCUGAAUAUGGUGUCUGUUUUUGGGGUGUGUAAUGAGUGUGUGUGGAUUCCUCAGAGUUGCACAAUGUCUCUGGUCACUGUAUUGAUACUGUUAUUAUUUGACAUAACCCGUCUUAAUAAUGGGAACAGAGGAAUAUGUCUUAUCAACAUGAUGUCUAUGUAAGGCAACGUGCAUUAAUCACAAAGUGUGUUUCUAAAAUAUUAUGACCUAUUUAAUAUUUCCCCACUGGCCACACGACCUCAUUUCAGUGUGGGUAAUAUUUGGUUGAGAUGUUAAUCAAUGAGAUUACAACCUAUAUUAACCCACUCAAAUUAAAUUCCAACAUUUUUAAAGCACAACAAAGCUCAAAUGGGAAUACAAUGUCAGCUAUUGAUAAAUCACUGUGCUUAAUCUAAUAGCAGGACCAUAUAACCUGGAUUUCAGUUGAGAUGACAUCAAAACUACACAGGUGCAAGAGAUCGAUGCCAUUUGAGAUUCUGUGCAGAUUAUUACAGAAGUUGUGAAGAUCUCCACAGACCUGUGAUCUAUGUACGCUUUCUUGCACAUACACGCUUUAUAUGGUUACAGUAACCUCAAAAUGUGGUCAUGGAUGUGUUACUCACUUUUCAAGUUUGAAUGUUACAUUCGUUUUUUUAAGAUAGUCUAAAGUUAAGGCGUUUUACUGUAUUACAAAAGUAAUAUUGAAUUGUGUUUUGUUGACAACGCAACCAAAUAUCAACAUUUUAAAGGAGAUUUAUCUUCAGCUUGGAUAGUUCCAUCUGGCCCACUGACUUAGUCUGGCUUUAAUUCCAGUUUGUCUUCAAAUUAAUUAUUGCUAUGUUGGAUUCACAUCUCCAUCUCAACCAAAAACAAAUGUGUUUUCCAUAUAGAUUCCACGUCACAAUGUUGACAAAUUAUGUUGAAAAAAAUGAUUAAAAGUCCAGCGGGAGUGACUAUCCUCUCAGAUAAUGCAUCUGUUUAACCCCUUUUGUGAACUGUCAAGUUUUUGAAUGCGCUUGAAAAGCAAAAUAUGCACUCGAAAAGCAACUUCUUAGGGAUAGCCCCCUUUUUUUUUUUUCCAAUUUUCGCCUAAAUGACAUACCCAAAUCUAACUGCCUGUAGCUC